CGAUCAUUCGAAAAACGCUCUCAAGCAUACAAACCUCAUUUUGUUAUUGUACAAGAUUUUAUCCACGCUUCAGCUUCCACUUUUUCGCUAAUUCUUACGCGUUCAAGACCAACUUGAAGAAAAAAGAACCAAGUUAUAUUGGCCAAAAUCGAGUCUAUCUGCGAGAUCGUCUUGGGAUUCUUUUGUCGCAUGCCAGAGUAACGCUGGAAAAUAUUGCGUGACAACGUCGGAGAAAAUUUUGGGGGAUAUUUUUUCUGCUUAAAAAAAAAUCCCAAACACUAUUUACGGUAUCACUCUUCGCCUGCUGUGAAGGCUACUGUUUUGACAGACAUCAGCUUCAAAAAUUCUCAGACAUGAUCCAUUUAGUCGUGGUUGUUUUUGUUCUUUGCUCCUGUACUUGUAAAGGAUACCCUUCUAAAUGCAAGGAUGACAGCUACUUCGACCCGAUGAGCCAAAAAUAUUUGCCUUGCUCUGAAUGCAACGAAAAAAUUCAAAAACUAUGCUACCAUUGCUGCCCCCAGAAAGAUACAGAUGCUAUCUACCUGUCAAAGCCACAGACAACAGAGUCAGUCCCUUCAAUAAAGUAUGAAGAUACAGCCAAGCAGAACAUUGUUGGCCUCAUUUUCCACAUCCUCAUAAUCAGUAUGGUUGUAUGCACAUUAUCUGUGAUUGUGUGUGUUGGAAUCAAGGUGGCAAAGGACAGACGGACAAAUAGUGAAUGUAGCAGUGAAGACAGCAGGCAUUCACAUUGUCACGAUGUGUCAGUUGUUGAGGAAGUUUGGGUUAUGCCACCACAAUCCAGCAUGGAAAAAUCACCACAAUCUGUAAAUGUUGUUGUCAGCCAGCUUCAAGAAAACACCUCAAAGCAAGGAGCAUUAGAAAAGCCAAUGUUAUGAUACUACAGUUACCAAGGUGAUUUAUGAUGUCACCAAGGUGAUUGUUGAUGUUGCCUGGUUCUCAGAUUCUGUUGCCAAGAGGAUUAUAAAACUGUUUCCAAGGUGGCUUGUACUUUUGUCAAGGUGAUUAAUACUGUUACCAAGAUGAUUGAUUCCAAUGCCAAGGUGACUGGUACUGUUGCCAAGGAUAUGGUUAUUGUCAACAAAAAUCAAUACUAGAAUUUAAGGCUACAAAAAGUGGACUAUUUAUAGUUUCAUACUGUCAAUUUUAGAUCAUUGUUAUGAAAUACAUGCUGAACUGCAGAAUUGUACUGAAUAUAAAUGCUAUUGCUUUAGCAAAAAAAGCACAUUUAUAUAGAAAUGUUCAUUUAUAAUAUAUGAAAAAGAGAGACAUUAAUUUUGUAGUAUAAAAAGAAAAAAUAUACAAUAUGCAGAGAAUAGUGACAUUAAAAUAGCAUUAAUGGUGUUAAAAGAAAAGUUGA